UCUCUCUCUCUCUCUCUCUCUCUCUCUCUCUCUCUCUCUCUCUCAUGGGUGGUUGUUGUUGGUGUUGUUAAACUAAAAAGCUUAUUUUUUGCAUCAUCAUCAUCAUCAGUAUCAUAACAUAGCAUGUCAAGGUUCUCUCUUCUUCCUCUACCCCUUCAAUUGUAGAGAUAGAAAGAGAGAGAGAGAGAGAGAGAGAGAGAGAGAGAGAGAGAGCAAGUAAGGAGCACAAGAAGGUUGCUUUUUGGUCUCUGAGGAAUUUUUUCUGAGAAAGGAAAUGUGGAUUUUCUAUUUUAGGUGGUGUUUCUUCUGAUUCUGGAUGCAAAAUUUGAUCUUUGGUUAAAAUCAAUUUAUAUUAUGUUGGUUAUUGUAGAACUUGGUCUAUACUAAUCAAAUCUGUGAACAACAACAACAAAAAAAAGAAAAAGGAAAAACAAAAUGAUGGCUGGCAUAUUACAGUACUUUGACUUCAGUCAGCCUAGUUCAUCCCGAAAAUUGUCGCAUAAGGCGCGCAACGACGCAGGGAUUGAAGCCCCUAGGAACAGCUUGGAGUUUCCCUCAGAUGCAUCCCUGAGCUACAAUAUCAUUAAUGAUGACAUUCCGUUGUCACUGCAGUACUCUUGCCAUGUGAAGCACCACCCGAAAACAAGCUCUUGUCCGAGCGGAGUGACUGUAAAGAAACUCAUUGAUGGGGAGGUCUCGGACGAGACGAAUGGCCGAUACAAUCGACCGGGUGUUAUAGCUCGUUUAAUGGGUAUGGACACAUUGCCAUUGGAGGUGAAGCCUACGAUCCCCGUGGACGAGUGGAGAGAUAAGGAACGAAUUCGAAGAAUGGAACCCCUUAAGAACGCGCCGCUCGUGUCGAAUCAACGCAAGCAAGUGAAGCACGAAUUAGCACCCUACGAAUUUAACCGAGAUUCAGGUCAAUUUGCCAAAGAACCCGAGCGGAGGAAACCGCACGCGAGAGAACAUCCGCAAGAAGAACUACUGCAGAAGUUCAAGAGAGAAUUCGAGGCGUGGCAAGCAUCCAAAGUGUGGGAGAAUUCGGGGAAUUUUGAAGAGAGAAAUGACGAAAGGGCCCGAAUCGGCAGAAUCCCCUCGCUUGAACAUUUUGACAAAGGAAAAGCAGUUAGCCUUGCAAAUUUCACUAGGAAUACGUCGAAAAAGAGCGUCGAGACUAGAAACGCUAACCGAGAGAGUAGAUCGAGCUUAUACAAUGACGUAGAUGUAGCGAAAGGCGAGAAACACUGUUUCACGCACUCACCGAUUGUUGAAUUCGAGCAUGAGGAGGAUACAUCUCCGUUGCCGACAAAGAUAGUGAUUCUUAAACCUUGUCCUGAAAUAAGUGACGGUAUCGAAGAAUCAUCCGUGUGCUCACCCGAGUUGAUAAAAAGUGAAAACAAUAUCCAAGAUUUUCUCGAAGAAGUCAAAAACAGGCUCAAGUUGGAGAUUGAAGGAAAAAUUCAGGAUAGAAAGUCCAGAUGGGUUUGCAACGAUGCGUCGUUCAGCAAACGGUCGACCGAUCCGAAACAAAUCGCACGAACCAUAGCGAACCACAUCAAAGAGACAGUGACUAAGGACUUCGACUCUACGCUGUUGCGGUCGAAAUCAACAAGGUCGUAUCAGAGCGAAAACCGAUUCAAUCGACAGAACCUCGCAGAAUUCGCAGGCACAGACACGAGGAAGCUGUUGUCGGAGAGACUGAAGAGCGCGCUCAAAAAUGAAAUGGAUAGCGAAACUCGGUUUGUUUCCCAUCGAAGAAGAGCCACCUCCCUCUCAUUCGAAGAGGCAGCGAGGUCGAGACCGGCGUACGAAAUUGCGAAGAAAGGUAAAAGGAUUAAAAACUGGGAAGACAAUAUUUCUCUAGUCGAAUCGAAAACCAGAUCAUUCAGACAAGACCACCAACGCCCCGUUGCGUUCGACGCCGAGGCUGUUUCCCCGAGGAAUCUCGUUAGAUCAUUAUCCGCGCCGGUAUCAGGAACUGCUUUUGUGAAGCUUCUGUCGGAGGAUCAGCAUGUAUUGACAGGGGCUCAAGUGAGGAGGAAGCAUGAGGCUCCCGACCACCGCAAUCACCCGGAAUCGAGGAAAGUCAGAAAAGAUGCCUUCGAUCUGAAAGGAAAGGUCUCGAGUUUACGACAGAACUUCACAUUGAAAGGUAAAUUUUUCGGGAAGAAGACACGGCUGACCGACGAAACAGCUGUAGAUGGAUUCCUACCAAUGAGGAGUUUCGCAACUGAGCCGUCGGUGGUCGUGAAUGCGGGCGUUCUACAGGAGAACUCUACCGAAGUUCCGCCGAGCCCUGCAUCCGUGUGCAGCAACUCCGCUGACGAGAUAUGUCGGGCCGGGUAUCCGAGUCCUGUGUCCCCACUGGAGGCUGCUUUUACUGAAGACAUCUCUUCAUCACAAGCAAAUGCAAAUAUAAGCUCGGAAAGUCCCGGGCCGACGGUUGUGCGAGAACGAACCGACGGUGAGCGAUCGGAGGAAGUGAAAAUUGAAGUAGAAGCAUGUGAAAGUACUGCGAAAGCUUUCGUCAGAAAUAUUCUUGUCAUCGCAGGAUUGUAUGAGGCCCAGCCCUUCGAUCAAGUCUUUUCCGGUUGGGACAUCUCGACAAAGCCCAUCCCGAAGUGGGUGUUCGAGGAAGUGGAGGAGACCUGCGGCAUCGAAAUUCGGAAAGUUGACGAUAUUGCCGCAUCUCUUUCUAGUUACGACGCCGACGUAAGCCACCGAAUGCUCUUCGAUUUGGUCAACGAGGCGCUGCCGACGGUGCUGCAAGCUCCCCUCACUUGCUCCAGAUUCAAGAAUUGGUUUCUCGAAUUCAGGAGAAUGCCGCACGGCAAAAGACUGUUGGACGAACUGUGGCGGCGGAUCCAGAAAUACGGGAACCCGCCGAUAUGCGUCUCGAAUUCCUUGGACAGCCUCGUGGCCCGCGAUCUAAGCACGACGCCUUGGUCCCGCGUAAUGCAUGAGGACGUCGAUGUGCUCGGAAGCGAGAUUGAAUCAGAGAUAGUAGAAGAGUUGAUUGACGAGAUUGUUUGGGAUGUUCUUUAAGAUCAAGGCAACUCCACAGGUGAAUUACACAGGCAUCUAAUGUACCCCAUGCACAUUUUUGAUAGUGAUGAGGAGAUUCAGAAUGAAGGCCUUUUAUAUCACAACACACUAGUCCUGCGUUGGAUGCAUCUUGUUUGGUGAUGUGAAGCUUAAAAAUGUAUGUAGAUGGUCAUUUGAUAUACAGUUUUACAGGUUUUAUGAGUUUUGAGUGUGUUUUAACAUCAUGAAUUGUUCAUUGGGAUAUUGGUAGUUAUACAAAAUGCAAGCAAUAAGAAAAGAAGGGCCUAUUUAGCCUGAUGUGUUCUGUUCUCACUUAGGGAGAAUGAAGUUGUAUUGUAUGAACUAAUGAUUUGUGCGUACGUGCGACACAUGUAUUUGUCACUUGCUUUAGGGA